GAGGUGGAGUUAAAAAAAACAAACACCUACUUCAUUCAAGUGUUACUGCACUUUGAGCUGAUGCUGUCUGCAUUGUCUUCACAGCCUGACUCGACUCUAUGUUACUCUUCAAGGACUGAUCACUUUUGCUUCUUUCUUGGAUAUAAAUGACUGAUUGCCAAAUGGUUGCCCCGGAUUUCACAGCAGAUGAGAGGAUGGAGAUUGAGAGCAUCAAGACGCAUAAGAAAGACCUUCUGGAUGAUAUCCAGAAGUUAAAGAUGGAGAUAGACAACGUCAUGGCGGACAUCCUCAACUUUGAGUCUGCGGAGGAAAAUAAGACCAUAGAGAAGAGCAAACAGUUCUCAAACGGGAAGAAGAAAUUCAACAUGGACCCCAAAAAGGGGAUCACUUUCCUGGUGGAGAACAAGUGGCUGGAUGGAAGCGCUCGAUCCAUUGCUGAGUUCCUCUACAAGGAGGACGGACUGAACAAGACAGCUAUCGGAGAAUUUCUUGGAGAAAGGGAGGAGCUCCACCUGCAGACCCUGAAGGCCUUUGUGGAGCUGCACGAGUUCUCAGACCUCAACCUCGUCCAGGCCCUCAGACAGUUCCUGUGGAGUUUCCGUCUGCCAGGUGAGGCCCAGAAGAUCGACCGCAUGAUGGAGGCCUUUGCUACGCGCUACUGUGACUGCAACACUCAAGUGUUCCAGUCCACCGACACGUGCUACAUCCUGUCAUUUGCCAUCAUCAUGCUGAACACCAGCCUGCACAACCCCAAUGUGAAGGACAAGACAACUCUGGAGCGUUUCAUCUCCAUGAACAGAGGCAUCAACAACGGAGGGAAUCUACCUGAUGAUCUGCUCUCGAAAUUGUACGAGAGCAUCCGCAACGAGCCUUUCAAAAUCCCAGAGGAUGAUGGGAAUGAUCUGACGCACACCUUCUUCAACCCUGACAGAGAAGGCUGGCUCCUUAAACUCGGAGGUCGGGUGAAGACGUGGAAAAGGAGAUGGUUCAUCCUGACCGACAACUGCCUCUACUACUUCGAGUUCACCACUGAUAAAGAGCCCAGAGGCAUCAUCCCUCUGGAGAACCUGUGUGUGAGAGAAGUGCCAUAUCCCCGCAAGCCGUACUGUCUGGAGCUGUACAACCCAAACAGUCGUGGGCAGAAGAUCAAAGCGUGCAAAACAGAGACAGACGGCAGAGUGGUGGAGGGGAAGCACCAGUCUUACACCAUCUGUGCCGCCAGCGCAGAGGAGAGAGACUCCUGGAUCGAGGCAAUCAGAGCGAGCAUCACCAAGGAUCCUUUCUAUGACCUGGUCUCAGUCCGAAAGAAGAAGGUGAUAAACCAAGCCCCCCAGGACUGAGCAGCCCGCUGCCCCCUUCGUGGACAUUUGUAGUGCUUCACCACUGUGGGACGUGGUGCUCCUUUAAAAGCUGCAGUUAACACCUGACUGUGCGAGGACUCUGGAGGCUAGACUGAAGCUGAACGUUUAAGUCUAAAAGAAGAACUUCUCUUUCCACUUCUCUUUUUACAGACUGAACUUAACCGUGUCAGAGGUGGAAAACAGUGACUCAUUUUUUGAUGCUCUGUGUGUCAGCAAAGACUGUCGGCUAGAAUGCUGUUGAGAUGACUGAAUGUUUUGUCUGCACGUGUAAGGACAUAUCCAAUCCAGCUCAGCUUUAUUUGUUUUUGGACCUUUCAUGCAUAAAAGGACGCAGCCCGAAGAAACAGACGGAAAAUUACACUGAUUCAUAAUCUGUAAAAGACUAAGGCAAGACAGGUGGUAAUAAAAUGCUUUGAAACAAAAAAGUGAAAUAAAGACAGGAAAAAUGAUGGAAAAAAAUGUAGGGCCUAAAGUCAAAUUUAAAUUGAAAAAAUGUAAUAAAAAUACCUGCCAAAAAUAAGUAAAUAAACAAACAAAUAAUGGACUAAAUAAAAAGAAAUAAUACAAUUAAAUAUAUUGAUUGAAACAAUAAUUAAACUGUAGACAUGUUACUCCAAAUUAGAAGCAAUAUUAAAAAGAUAAGUCUUUAAUUUAAUGUUAAAAACACAGAGAGAGCUUUUUGUUUUGACGUCAGAAGUUGGUGAGAUCCAGAGUUUUGGAGCCUCAAAACAGGAAGCUCUCUCUACAAAGUAUAUGUCUAUAUUUCAGGUUGCAGAAUCUUGCCAUGUAGUUAUUGCAGCUCUAAAACCUUUGACUAUGAUGCAUUCCCUUUUGUCUAUCCUAUAAGGUUUGAUUUGCAGGGUCAAGAAGACAAACUAAUGAGCACUGGAUAUUUCUCUGCUCCCUCUUAAAGUUCUCAUUAGGCUGAGAUACGGAAGAAAAAGAAAAAAAAAUGUUCUGUCCAGUGGACCCUCAUUUCUUGCAUGGCUUCAUUUUUGUACAUACUGAUGUAUUUCAGACAUUUCUGGGAGAUAUUUUGUUGUUGCAAAGUUUCUAGAGAUGACCUAGAAAACCUGUUGUUCUCAGACCAAGCCUGCUUUAUUUCUGUCUGCUAAUCUACUGUGAUAAGUGCAAUAUGCAUACUAACCAUUUUGAUUCAACUCCAAAAUGUACUCUGUAAAUAAGAUGUAAUUUUGAUGAAUUUAUUAUUUAAUAAAAAAACGUUUUCAGAAGUU